CACAAUCACCAAGAAUUCAGAUCUAAAAACCUCUCACAUUCUCUCAACUUCUCUCAAGAACACUCAAGAACACUCAAGAACACAUCACACCAAAAUCCAAAGAACUUCUUCAUUUCUUCAUCAAUUUCGAAGAUUCUUUUUGUGUUGAUCUUCAUUCCUCUCAUACUCCAACUGUUUUGGCAAGGCAAGAUCAAAGGAGCUCCAAAACACGACUGUCCAAGUUUGCUCCAUCAAUGGUGAAUCAAGCUUUUGUGCAUUAGAAGCAACCUAAAUCGAACCUGAUCAUAUCAUUCAACUUCUUGGAGCACAUGCUGCAUCUGUUUUGGUAAAGGAAGUGCAAACAUCUUCAAAUUCAUCACUGUCUUCGAAUCGAGGUACUUUAGUUGCUCAGUUCCUUGUGAACUUUUGCUUUGCGUUGCAUAAGCAAUUUGCAUUGAGAUAGAUAACACACACAAAAAUGGAGGGUAAGAAGAAUAAGAUUCUUGUAUUUGGUGGAACUGGUUACAUUGGAAAGUAUAUCGUGAAAGCAAGUAUCUCUUUAGGUUAUCCAACUUUUGUGUAUACUCAACCUAUUAAUGCAAAAACUCCUUCCUCUAAGAUACAACUUUGCAGCGAAUUUAAUUCCUUGGGAGUAACACUUGUGGAGGGAGAAUUUGAGCAUGACCAGAUAUUGAAAGUGAUUAAGCAAGUAGACAUUGUGAUAUGUACCUUUCCAUAUCCUCUAGUGAUGGAGCAACUCAAAAUUAUAAAUGCUAUCAAAGUUGCUGGCAAUAUCAAGAGAUUCCUUCCUUCAGACUUUGGUGUUGAAGAAGAUAAAGUUCAUCCUCUUCCUCCAUUCCAAGCUUUUCUUGAUAAGAAAAUAAAAAUCAGAAGAGAAAUUGAAGCAGCGAGAAUCCCUUAUACUUUUGUUUCCGCAAAUUGUUUUGGUGCAUAUUUUGUGAAUUUCUUGCUUCGUCCACACGAAAAGAAUAAAGAUAUUGCUGUCUAUGGCAAUGGUGAAACCAAAGCUAUACUAAAUUAUGAAGAAGAUAUUGCUAUGUAUACUAUUAAAGUGGCCAAUGAUCCAAGAGCACACAAUCGAAUAGUGGUGUAUAGACCUUCAAAGAAUAUCAUAACAGAAAAUGAGUUGAUAUUAUUAUGGAAGAACAAAACUGGUCAGAACUUUAACAAAGUUUUUAUUCCUGAGGAAGAUAUUAUCAAGCUUUCACAAAAUUUGCCCCCUCCAGAAGAUAUACCAGUUUCUAUUCUUCAUAGUAUAUUUGUUAAAGGGGAUCUUAUGAAUUUUGAGCUUGGUGAAGAUGAUCUUGAAGCUUCAAAACUAUAUCCGGAUUAUAACUAUACAUCAAUUGAUCAACUUCUCGAUAAGUUUCUUGUUGAUCCUCCACCUCCUGCAUCUGCUGCUUUUCAAUGAAAUCAUUUUAUACUAUUGUGCCUGAUAUUGGUUUGAUUAAUAAAUUUUGUUAAUAUAUUAUACCUAAAGUAGUAUUAAAUAAUUUGGAAACACAUUUUUUUUUGGUGAUUUUUAUUGAAUAAAUUGAGAUUGAAUGAGUAUAUUAUCUUUGAUAAGACUAGUUUUAGUCCAAUAUCAAGUGUGCAACAAUUGUUGAGUUGUAAUUCAAGUUGUUAAUUAAUUACUUGAAGACCAAUUGGUGUAUUUUGUUAGUUUUUCUUAUGGUUGUUAGAAGUUGGUCAAGUAAAUUGAUUAAUAAGUAACUAAUCACUCCAUGUUGUACAAAAUCAAUUGUUCAAUAAUUUUUUUUUCAUUCUCAUCA